AUGGGUACUACCAACCCAACCUCACAUUGUACCGAUCGUGCUCUUCCGAUCGUCUCCCAUAGGGUUUGCGGCUUUGCUAGUACCAACAGAGCUUUCCCAAACUUCGAAGGCAAGGUCAAUUGCACAUACACGAUCAAGAUUUCUCGAUCUUGUCUCGAGCAUAAAAGCGACCGAAAUUUUGUCUCGAGCCCAGUCCAAACUUUGGAGAAGGUUCCAGAACUUGCUCCGUUCGUAAGUGACGGCGACGUCGGUGAAGAAUUCGUUGCCUUCUAUAGCCAGAUGAAGUACCCCACUGAGCAGGCUGCUCCAACUGAACAGUUGACCAAUGCCAAAAGCGACCGAAAUGUCAAUUCUUUACCACUCUCUGGCUUCGUUGAGCAGUGGAUGGAGAAGUCGGAUUCGAAAACACUCAGAGCUCAGCACGAGCUACAAGGUGAUUAG